AUGCCUCAUUUUUCUGCUAAGAAGGGUCUUAGACAAGGGGAUCCACUUUCCCCAUUUUUGUUUUCCAUCUGUAUGGAGUACUUGAGCAGGUGUAUGAAAGCUCUUGUUUCAAAUCCUGACUUUAACUUCCACCAAAAUGUGAAAAGAUGCACUUCUGGUUUGGAAGCAAACAUGGAUAAGACAGAGGUGUACUUUUCUGGUGUUCAUCAUGAGGAGCAAGAAGCAAUUAUGGGUUCUCUUGGUAUCUCUAAGGGUUCCUUGCCUUUUAGGUAUCUGGGGGUACCUCUUUCUAGUUCUAAGCUGACUGUUGGCCAAUGCAAGCCUCUUAUUGACAAGUUAUAUGCCAGAGUUACAACAUGGAUGUCAAAGAAGCUUUCCUGUGCAGGAAGACUUCAAUUAGUCAAGUGGGUUAAUGCUUAUUACAUCAAAGGCAAGAAUCUUUUCACUAUUGCUCUACCUGCUUCUGCAUGUUGGGUGAUUAAGAAGAUUUGGAGUUGUAGGGAGAUUCUGGAUAUGAACUCUGAGUGUAAGAAGGUGUUCUUUGCAGGUGGUGAUUUCUCAAUUAGGAAAAUGUAUGCUGCUAUGCUUGGUCAGUUUCCUAAAAUUACUUGGAGAAGGCUGUUGUGUAAUAAUCUGGAUAGCCCAAAGAGCUUAUUCAUUUUGUGGCUUGUUGUACAAGGUAGGCUACCUACCAAGGAUAGAUUGCAGCAUUGGGGCAUCUCCACUGAUGGAAUGUGCAUUCUUUGUGGUACUGAACUGGAAACUCUGCAGCAUUUAUUCUUCCAGUGUUCUUACUCAGGGCAAGUGUGUGGCAGCAAGUUUUGCAGUUACUUAAGAUUCAGAGCCCUAAUCUUGGUUUUGAUCAGGAGGUUCAGUUUGUUGUCAAAAUGUGUAAGAGGUCUACUGGGGUCAGUAAAGGUGUUCACUGUUGUGUUUGCUGAAGUUGUUUAUGGCUUAUGGAUUCAGAGAAACCAGAGGGUCUUUGCUGGUCACAAUCAAGCUACUGAUCAGAUAGUUAAAGCAACAAUCUUUAGAGUAGCUUGUAGAUGUAGAAAGUCUGAUCUUCAUCUUUUGAUGUUUUGA